UAGUAAAUUCCAGAAACACAAAAGUUGCAGAGUGGAGUGAAAACUACAACACACUACACAGACUAAUGUCCCCCCUUGCCAUUUCUAACAUCUUCACAUGCUCCUCUGUUCACUCUACCAACUAGACAAAACCUCAAAUAUCUUCACAUAACUCUCUUUCCUCUCUUUAAAUCUUCUGCUUCUGCAUAUUCCUUCCUCUACACAAUCAUCAUUUCAUCCUCAUCUACUCAUCUGUACUGCAGACCUAAUGCUCCAAAUCCACCCCUUAGAUUAUAUUCCUCAUUCUUUGUUUUUUCCUCCUACCCAAUAAUUCACAACUAUUUUUAUCAUUUUAUGCACACCUAGUGUAUCAUAAUUUUAUUGUUUUAUUUAUCAUGGCUGCUGCUGCAACAACCAGAGCUUCUGAAAUCUUUCAGGGUAGUAAUAACAAGAAUGAUGGUGAAGUGAGUAGACAUGAAAUCCAAGCUGCCAUAGCUAAAGCUGUGGAGCUGAGAGCUCUUCAUGCGGCUCUUUUGCAAGGGAGCAGCCCUGCAAGCCUCAAAUUCUCAGCCGCUUCCCCUGCUUCACACCACCAUGUCUCUCACCUUUCUGCUCAAGAUUACCCUGUUUUCACCCCUACUUAUGAAGAUGACCCCUUACCAGGGUAUCAACAGAUUCAGUUAGAGAGUCGAAACUUACCAGAGAGUUGGGAUGAAUAUGUUCUAGAAGGUGGAGGCGAUGAAGACAAAACAAUCCUGUCGGACUACAGAAUGGAGAACACUUCUUCAAGAAAGGGUCUAUUACCCUUUGAGUUAAGGAACUCGGAACCUCAUAUGUGUUCAGGACCUUCUGCUCUGCGUGCAUCCCCUGGACCUGAUUUCUGUAGGUCAAGAAGAAAUAGUCUUGGUGACAAUAGAUCAGUGUCGUCUUGCAACAAAUGCAAACCUGCAAUUAUUAGUAGUGAUACUGAUAACAGUAUGAGAAAUGGCAGAAACUCUAAUUUGACAUUGCCUCUCACAGAUACCCACAUAUCCAUACAUUCUCAGCAGCCCAGGACUCGAGGCUUAGGUUUUUCGUGGUUGUUUCCAAAGUUGAAGAGAAAGCACAAGAGUGAGAAUUCACCAAGUAGAACAGAACCUGAGGAAGUCCCACAAAUUUUCAAGGAUUUAGGGAUAUUGUCAAUGGAAAUGCUGAAGAAAGAGCUAAUGCAAGCACAUGAUACUAGAGAUGCAGCAUUAACAGAAGUUUCUGAAAUGAGAUCAUCGUUUGGCGAGCUAAAACAGAAGUUGCAGCACUUAGAAACUUAUUGUGAGGAUUUGAAAAAGGCUUUAAGGCAAGCAGCACAAGGAAAGAAUUACCAAGGGUUUGAAAAACUUGGAAAUGUGCCUGGAAAAGGAAUAUCAGUUGACGCCAGUCUAGAAAACUCGAUGGCUGUCAGCGAUGAAGUGAUGGUGGAGGGUUUUGUGCAAAUAGUUUCAGAAGCAAGAUUAUCAGUGAAGCAGUUCUGCAAGACUCUUGUCGGGCAGAUAGAGGAGACUGACAAGACUUUAAAGGAUAACUUGAACACGCUUCUUCAACCAUAUAAACUGUCUCUAACUUCCAAGUAUUCAAAGGCUGUGCUAUAUCAUUUGGAAGCUAUCAUAAAUCAAUCGCUUUAUCAAGACUUUGAAAACUGUGUGUUCCAGAAAAAUGGCUCACCAAAGCUCUUAGACCUCAAGCAACAUCGCCAAGCACAGUUUUCGUCAUUUGUGGCCCUGAGGAAUUUGAGUUGGAACGAGGUCUUACGAAAAGGAACAAAAUACUACAGCGAAGAAUUUAGCAAGUUCUGCGAUCAAAAGAUGAGCUGCAUAAUCACAAAUCUGAAUUGGACAAGGCCAUGGCCUGAGCAGCUCCUCCAAGCAUUUUUCGUUGCUGCAAAAUGCAUCUGGUUGCUUCAUUUACUAGCAUUUUCGUUCAGUCCGCCUUUAGGAAUUCUACGAGUUGAGGAGAGCCGAAGCUUUGAUCAACAUUACAUGGAAGAUGUUUUAAUCGACAGGCAAAGAUCACAAGGGGGUAGCCAGGUAAAGAUAAUGGUAAUGCCAGGAUUUUAUGUGCAAGAUAAAGUGCUCAAGUGCAAGGUUGUUUGCAGGUAUAAACCUGUGGCUUAAUAUUUUGUUUUCUUGUUUGUGGGAGAUUGUAUAGGAGUAUUUAUUUGUUACAAAGUUUAGUAAUCGUGGCAACAUUUCUUAGCAGCAUGCAAGUAAACCCUUAACUGUCUUAUA